CACGCGUUUUUUCCUCUCUAAACAAAUCUUCAUUCUCUCCACAGCCCCCACCUAUAAAUUUCUUCCACUUCUUUCCUCUCUGAUUCUCUCUCCUCAACGCUCUUUGCAUUCUUGGAAGAAACUCUAUAAAUUCCUAAUUUGGGAGUUUGGGCUUUGGCGUUCACAGGAAAGAAAUGGCGAGCAUCUUCUCUCUUGUGACGGGAAAGCGAGGUCCGAGUGGCUAUGGCUCUGCAUCCACCGCAGAGGAGGUAACGGAGGGCAUCGACGCUUCUAACCUCACCGUCAUCAUCACAGGAGGAGCAAGUGGAAUUGGCGCAGAGACAGCGAGGGUGUUUGCUCUUCGACGAGCCCACGUCAUCAUUGCUGCCAGGAAUGUAGAAGCUGCCAAUGAUACCAAGAAGAUUAUCAUUAAGUGCAAUCCAGCUGCUCGUGUGGAUAUUAUGAAACUUGAUUUGAGCUCACUGAAGUCUGUAAGAGCCUUUGCAGAUAAUUUCUUGGCAACUGGCCUGCCACUUAAUAUUUUGAUAAAUAAUGCUGGUGUCAUGUUCUGUCCUUUCCAGCUUUCAGUGGAUGGUUUCGAGAUGCAAUUUGCGACCAACCAUCUUGGUCAUUUCUAUUUGACCAACCUUCUUCUUGAGAACAUCAAGAGAACGGCUAAGGAGACUGGCAUUGAAGGGAGAAUUGUGAAUUUGUCAUCCUUUGCACACGUUCAUACUUAUGAAGGAGGAAUACUGUUUGAUCAGAUCGACAACAAAGCUGGAUAUAAUGACAGAAAGGCCUAUGGACAAUCAAAACUUGCUAACAUAUUGCAUGCACUUGAGUUGUCUAGACGCUUGAAGGAGGAAGGUGCUAAUGUAACCGUAAAUUCUGUUCAUCCUGGAGUAAUCAUGACUAAUUUAAUGCGACACUCCUUCCCCAUGAUGAAGGUGAUACAAGUAUUCACCUGUCUGUUGUGGAAAAAUGUACAGCAGGGGGCAGCAACCACUUGCUAUGUGUCUCUGCAUCCGAGCAUUACAGGUGUGACUGGCAAAUACUUUGACGACUGCAACGAGGUGAAGCCUAGCAUUUUGGCGAGCGACGAAGAGCUUGCAAAAAGAUUGUGGGACUACAGCGAGAAGUUGGUGAAAUCUGCUGAGUGAUAUUUAACUAAUUGGAAAUGGAUGCGUUCACUGAAUAGCCUGGUACAAAAGAAUGGUGAUCUAUAGAAGCUGAAGUAGCUGAGCCACAGGUAAACUGGCAAAGCGAUCAGUGACUUGGAGGAUGGUGAAGGGUGGAAAAGAAAGCUAGUCCCAGGCAUGGUGCAAGGACGAUAUCCAGCGUAUGGAGAUUCAACGGAAAAUCUAGCUGACCUAUUAGAGAGGGGAGGCUGAAAACAUUUCCAAUCAAUAUAGAGAAGAAUAUACCAGCGAGAAAGAGCCGUCCGAGCGCGCGCGAAGCAGUCAGUCGGGUUUCACAGUUAACAGAGUGUUAGUUUUGAAGUGGGAAAGUAUUUUUAGGUGGCUGAACAGUAAAUAGAGAAGUUUUAGCGUUAGAUAAGUAAAUAUGAAAGUUUUAAGUGUUAUGUAUGUAAAAACCCCUAAAAAAAAAACUGAACAUUUUGUUGAGACAAACCAAAUGAUUUAAGAAGUGUUACAAUCUGAAUUCAAGUAAGACGAAAUUAAAUAUUUGAAAUA